AUGCAUUUCGGAUCUGCCAUGGCAGAUUCGCCGUUGAAAAGUUUUGCUUUGAUUCUUUGGCAAACGAGAUCUCCAAAAGGUGCGGCUCAGGGACAGAUGACAGCUGUCUUCGUUGGUCUUGUGGCUGUUGCGGGUGAGCUCGUUAACAUCCCACAUGUUGAGGGUCUCAUGCCCUCUACAUCACAGCUACUCCAUUUCGACUUACACAUUUUCCAUCAAGCAAUCAUCAUGUCUCCUAAGCGGGGCCAGCUUGUUGCUGCUGCCGGCACCCGGAAGCGCCUGUUACGGCUUUAUGACACGAGCAAUGACAACAACUUUGGAACCGUGAUGCAAGAAGACGUUACGGAGGCAUUGCUGGACUUAGUCGACGCGUUUUCAAACAUGGAGACCGUGCAUCGUCAGGCCCAUGGAAUUACCGGAAAUAAGAAGGGUUCAGGUUACGAGGAGUACCUGCGUGGUCGUCGCCUCGAGUUGAGUCACAUUCGUCUCCCAUACGCCAACGUUACUGCCGAUGAUUGGGCCCUUUACCGCAACGUCAAAGCCUUGCGCCUGCUUCCGGGCGAUGCCAGAUACGUUGCCUGGGCUGCUGCUCUCCAGUUCUUCUUGGCCGCGGUCAAGUCGACUGUGGUGCGUUACUUUGGUGAUGAGUCUGAUGUCGUCAACGGUCUUCCUCGCUUGCAGGAGAUCGACAACACUUUCCCACUCGUUCUUGAGACCAUUUAA